AUGGAGACCAGGCUCGAUUAUCUAGCCGACGCCCAUAAUGCCAUCACUGAUAGGCUACAAGAGAUGGAAGACACCAUUACCGCCCAAAACGUGAAACUGGCGGACCUGGAGGACAGAUCCAGGCGGAAUAAUAUCCGCAUAAGCGGUAUACCGGAAACGGUUCUGGCCCCUGACUUACAGCAAUACCUUCAGGACCUCUUCCAGACCCUAAAGCCAGAGAUACAUCCAGACCAACUAAUAGUGGACCGAGUACACAGGCUGGGACGUCCCAAUCACCUCCCUCCGACAGCAGCCAGAGAUGUCAUUGCCCGCAUCCACUUCUUCCACUCUAAGGAGCGCAUCAUGAAAGCAUGCGUGAGGACCUACCGGACCCAUACAACGGGAUCAAAGUGUUUGCUUACCUAACGGAUGCCACGUUUACCUUCCAAAAAUCGCUGGCACCCCUCACACAAACUCUUCGGGCACACAAAGUGGUCUACAGAUGGGGAGACCUGAUAACAAGAAACGGCGCGACACACCAAAUACUCACUCUGCAACAAGGCAUCCACUAGCUGCAUGAGUGGGGCUACCCGACUUCGCAGACAACACCAGAGACGCAGAAUAGAACCCCCAGAAUGACCAAAGAAUGGACUAAAGCUUAACACAAUGCUUUGGGUCUCCUGGGGUAUCGUAUGGGUAGGGUACCACUAUCAUACAGAUGUAUCAUGCUCACUUUGAAGAGUUGCAAUUGUUAUAUGUGCCAAGGCAUAAUACUGUUUACCCGAUCGUUAAUCCCACUUAUAUAUUUAAGCUAUAUCCUAAAGAGGGUCCCACUGUGAUACACCCACUUAUGGGUUACAAGCAAAAUUCCAGCCCACUAUAGGCAAUCUACUCGCCGAUUAGCUGCCUCCAGUGCUGAGCCACUUGGUGUCUUCAACUCACAGGUGAAGGCUGUCUCCUGGCUAGAUGUUGAUACUGCCCUUUCACAACUUCCCUGACUUACACAUAGCGAGGAGCUUUCCGUAAGAUCAAGACACACUUCAUGAAAAUAAAUAAAUAAAUAAAAUAAAAAUAAAAUGAAAAGCUCACCACCUAAGUUACGGGCCCAAGCUCGGAACACUACUGGACUGCAUAUGCCCCUUGCGAGUGCCUCACUGUUUGAGCCACUUCACGCCACCACCCCCAUCCAUAGUGCCGCUGCAUUGCGACGCGUAUAGACUAACUUUGGAUGAGCUACCACCUAGUUUAUCAUUUUUCCAAGUUUUUAACCCUGGUAUACCUGUUCGGGCCCUACCCCCUUCCCCUUACUCUACAAGACGCGUGAAGCUUGCUAUUCAGAAACCCAGUACCUAUGCUACAAAAUAUCACAACACCGCAACAGUAUAGAAUGAUGCUACCCACCUUCAGUUGGCAGACAUGCCCUUACCUAGAAAUCCUAGACCAGACCCCCAUUUAAAUAUUAAAAGUAAGAAUACACCCAGGAUUGAGCACACUGGCUACACUAAUCUGCUGAUAGACAUUAGCGACCCCCACUUCAAAACGUAAUAUGAAAAUUGUAACCUAUAAUGUAAAAGGUUUAAACACUCCUAAUAAGUGGAGCUUGCUUCUCCGAGAUCUCAGGAAAAGCAAAGCAGAUAUUCUGUGUAUUCAGGAAACCCACUUAAACAGCCCCCGAACGCCAAAACUAUCUGCCAAAUACUUUCCGACCCAAUACCACUCUCUCGACCAACAAAACGAAAGGAGUCUGUUAACCACCCUUAAUGGGCUCAAUUAGAACAGCACACCUGUUAACCACCCUUAAUGGGCUCAAUUAGAACAGCAGAACAUCCUACCCCACGAGAUCCGAAAUCUUAUUUGACUUCCUAGACAUCUAUGUCCAGCGGCCUCCACACUCCCCCCUCAAUUGCCUUGACACUCCAGAUCUAAGGCAGAAACAGGCAGAAACUGUCAGCUAAUGCCCCUUUAUCCCUAGUGACCCCCAUUGUGGCACUACUUUAUUGGAUCCCCACUUUCAACACUAAACCAUGAUUGGAUAGGAAGGUAACACAUAUGUAUUAACGGUAUGAAAACACCAAGCUGUUAGACUACCACACCUUAGCAUCUAGGUAUGACCUAUCCAGAUCCUCCCAAUACUCUUAUAUGCAACUGACAUCCUUCCUGACUAGACAGCUCAGGCCAGUCACCGGUUAUGCUCUAUCCACUGAUACACUCAGCAUAUGGUAAAAACUCUGUAUAAAUGCUAAAAUGCCCCCUCUAUGUAAACCGAUCUCCAUGUGUUCUAAACUUGUCUCAGACCAUAUCUCAUUUGCUGACUCCGAACCAGCAACACAAUGGCACAUAGACCUCCACCGGACGCUUCCCCAGAAACACUGGGAACACAUUUUUAAGCUGAACCAGCAGCUGCUCAAAGCAGCCACCCAAAACGAACAACACUACAAAACACUGUACCGGUGGUACUUGGUACCCAGCAGACUGCAUAGAAUGUUCCCUCAAAUGACAGAUACAUGUUGGCGUUGUGAGGCCGACGAAGGCUCCUACAUACAUGUCUGGUGGACUUGCAAUGCCAUCUCAGGUUUGUGGCAAGAAAUCCACCACUUUCACUCUAAACACAUAGAACUCCCCAUUACAGUCUCGCCAGGAACAUACCUCCUCCUGGACCUCCCUCAAUUCCUACCAAGACAUGAAACUAAACUUAUCUCCCAUGUAGCACUUACUACCCAACGCACUAUUGUCACAAGCUGGAAAUCGACCACAACCCCCUCCAUCCAAAGCAUCCUUAGGAUGGGAUGUAGAUAAACAAGGUGCAUACGAGAGCAACUUCCCCGGCCUAUACCCCACACCAAACUAAUCUCGAAAACAUGAUUGACAUGGGACGCAUGAAGAUCGGGGUCUAGUGGUUAAGCUGUAAAAGAUGUACUAAUUAUAUAACAGUGUUUGCAGAUGACACCAAACUUUGUAAAACAAUACAAUGUGAGCAAGAUAUUACUUUGCUGCAGAGGGAUUUAGAUAGACUGGGGGACUGGGCACUCAAAUGGCAGAUGAAAUUUAAUGUUGAAAAAUGCAAAGUUAUGCACUUCGGCGUAAAGCAUACACAAGCAACGUAUACCCUUAAUGGAAGCGAAUUAGGGAAAACAACACAUGAAAAGGACUUGGGAAUUGUUAUAGACAACAAACUAUGCAACAAUGUGCAAUGUCAAUCAGCAGUGGCCAAGGCCAGUAAGGUAUUGUCAUGCAUGAAAAAGGGCAUUCAUUCUCAGGACGAGAAUAUCAUUUUGCCUCUUUAUAAAUCACUGGUAAGACCCCAUAUUGAAUAUGCUGUGCAAUUUUGGGCACCUGUUCUAAAGAAGGAUAUUAUGGCACUAGAAAAAGUGCAGAGGCGGGCUACAAAAUUAAUAAAAGGAAUGGAACAUAUCGGCUAUGAAGAAAGGUUAACAAAUUUAAACCUAUUUAGUUUAGAAAAACGUCGCCUGAGAGGGGAUAUGAUAACAUUAUACAAAUAUAUUCGGGGCCAAUACAAACCAUUGUGUGGAAAUCUAUUCACAAACCGGACUUUACAUAGGACACAAGGCCUUGCGUUUAGACUGGAAGAAAGAAGAUUUCGUCUAAGGCAAAGGAAAGGUUUUUUUACUGUAAGAACAAUCAGGAUGUGGAAUUCUCUGCCUGAAGAAGUGGUUUAAUCAGAGUCCAUACAGAUGUUUAAACGGCUACUAGAUGCAUACUUGCAAGAACAGAAUAUUCAAGGAUAUAAUCUUUUAAUGUAGGGUAAUAACUGCUUGAUCCAAGGAUAAAUCUGACUGCCAUUCUGGGGUCAAGAAGGAAUUUUUUUCCCUAGCUUGUUGCAAAAUUGUGCUUCAAACUGGGUGUUUUUGCCUUCUUUUGGAUCAACAGCAAAAAACAAAUGUGAGGUAGGCUGAACUUGAUGGACGCAAGUCUCUUUUCAGCUAUGUAACUAUGUAACUAUUGGGCCCCCCUCAGGACCUUAAGCAACAUAUCGAACCUAGAAGGGGUGACCAAACAGGUUAGGCAAUCUUCAGAUACCACUAUACUGUUGUUUUCACUUACCACAACCAUACAGACCAAAACGAAAGGGUACCUACUGAGGAAAGGAUGACAGUCCUGUCCUAUAAUGAUACUGUAUAAGAAUGGAUCAGCAUGCAUUGUUUGUACGCUAUUGCACUUUAGGAGCAUUCCCCCCUUCCGCCCCUUUUUUUCUCCUUGCCGUAACCCCUCCCCCGUUAUUGUUGAAGUUUAACUGAAAAUAAAUAAAAAUUUUCAAAAGAGAGAGAGUUUCUUUAUAGGAUCCAUAGAUUGAAAGGCUUGUUUGAUUACUAGAUUGUCUAUAUUAAGAUUUCUAAAAAUGUUUUUAUCUAUCCCCAAAAAAUGGAAUGGGUCAGAUUUACCACAUUCAUUUCUUUCAUAUUUAUUAUUUUAUUAUUAUUUUAUUAUUUAUAUAGGUCCUUCAGAUUCCAUAGCACUGUACAAUGGGUGGACUAACAGACAUGUAAUUGUAACCAGACAACUGGAUGUACAGGAACAGAGUGGGUGGAGGGCUCUGCUUACAUUCUAGAGAUAUUUAUACCAAGAUUUUGUGCUGGAGUUUCUGUUUUCCUAUUAAAGAAAAUGGGAGAACAUAACAGAAUUGUGUAUAAAAAAACAUUGGGAAAAGAUAACCCUCCUUCUGAAGUUCUAAUUGUCAUUGUUUUAAGCUCAAUUCUCGUUUUUAUACCUCCCCAAACAUACAAUGUGAACCAUCUAUGAAAAGACUUUAAUAUUUCUCUGGGGACUCUGAGAGUAAUUGUUUGACAAAGAUACUCCAAUUUAGGAAGCAAAUAAGAUCUUAGAGCAUUUAUUCUCCCAAGCCAAGAGAGUUGAACUUUGCUCCAUUUUUCUGUCAAGCUUUCAAGCUCUUGGAGGAGUUCGUUAUAAUUUUCCUGAAUCCAGGAACUAAUAUGAAAGUUGAUCUUAAUGCCAAGAUAUGAUAUGAAUGUAUUAGACCAGUUAAAUUGAAAGGCUUUUGGAAGGGAUAUUUUCUGUAGGUGAGAAAGAUUGUUAUGAAUAACUUGCGUCUUAUGAAUAUUAAUUUUACAAUUAGAGAAAUGGCUAAAUUCCUCUAUACAACCCAUCACAGCUGGAAUAGAAACCUCUGGAUUUGUAGUCAAGAUUAUAUCAUCCGCAAACAAUGUUAUUUUAUGUUCUACAUGCUAGACAGUACCCACAUUUAGAGAACCCUAGCUUCUCAAAAAAAUAUUUUUAAUGUUUUCUUUAUUUUAAAACUACUUUUAACUAUAUGGGGCUUGAUAUUUGAGACCCCUCUAUUUAUUAUCUUAUGGGUUUCUUGAAUGAUGUCCUGUAACAUUGGAUCUUCUGAUAAGACAUGUCAAUGUUUUUUGAUAAUAUUUUUUAAAACUUUCUCAUUAGUCGAGUAAUUAAAAGUCAGUGUAGCGCCUUCUGCAUUUUUAUUGUUUAUUUACUUAUACUUUUUUUCUUCCUUUUCUGUAUUUUUCCUAUAGCUCUCUAUUUUCUACUUUUCUUUCAAUAGAUCUACUCUAUCUAUAUUAUGCACUUCCCUAUAUGCCUUCUUAAUUACUUUCAUAGGGUAAUCUUUUUCUUCAAAAUCCUUAACUAAUUUAAGUGUCUGAUCUUCAAUUUCUUCCAAUUUAGAGCAGUUUUUCCUGAUUCUUAACCCCUUCAGGACGGAGUCAAUAAUACACGUUCUGAUCAAAACAAAAUGUAAACAAAAACUGGGAUUCACGCUAUAUGUCUGUUGAACCGUAAUUCACCUCUUUCAUAUUAAGUGCACCCAUACUUAUAAUAUAUAAUUUUAUUCAGGAGAAACGGCUUUAAUUGCUCAUGAACUAUUCAUAUAUGAAACAUAAUUUAUUAUGAAUAAAAUAAAAAAAAUAUGAGAAUAUAAGAUUUCUAAAAACAAUUUGUAGUUCCGCCUGACAUUUUAGCUGUAAAUGUCAUAAUACUGUUAGCUUUUACUGGAAUAAAAUGCAUAUUUGUAUUCAGCAAAGUCUCACAAGUACAACAGUACCCUCCUUUAACAGGUUUUACGGUAUUUCAGAAAGUUACAGGGUCAAAUAUAGCACAUUCCAUUUUUCCGCUUUUUUCACAUUGAAAUUUGCCAGAUUAGUAAUGUUACCUUUGAGACCAUGUGGUAGCCCAGGAAUGAGAAUUACCCCCAUGAUGGCAUACCAUUUGCAAGAGUAGACAACCCAAGGUAUUGCAAGUGGGGUAUAUCCAGUCUUUUUUAGUAGCCACUUAGUCACAAGCACUGACCAAAGUUAGCAUUCAUAUUUGUUUUUGUGGGAAAAAAGCAAAAAAAUAAUAUUUGCCCAGUAUUUGUGACUAAGUGGCCACUAAAAAAGACUGGACAUACCCGACUUGCAAUACCUUGGGUUCCCUACUUUUGCAAAUGGUAUGCCAUUAUGGGAAUAAUUUUCAUUCCUGGACUAACAUACGGUCUCAAAGGCAACAUUACCAAACUGGCAAAUUUCAAUGUGAAAAAAAUGAAAUGCAAGCCUUAUAUUUGACUCUCUAACUUUCCAAAACACCAUAAAACCUGUACAUGGGUUAUAAUCAUUGUAAUACAAUUUACCAUUUUGAAACACUAAUAUUUGUGUUCAACAAAGUCUCCCGAGUAAAACAGUACCCCCCAUGUUACAGGGUUAAAUAUAGUACUUGCAAAUUAAAUUCUCUGCACUUUCUGCCUGGGUUGUCAGACAUGUCAAUCAAAUUUUAAUUAAUAAAAUCACAUAAUUAUGUUAAAAGAUUACUUAAAUAUACACAGAGAAUUUUAAUAUAUAUAUAUAUAUAUACAUAUAUUUGUAUUUAAAUUCUAUAUGUAUACUUAUAUAAUCAAUAAUGUAAUUAUAUAUAUUUAUCUAUAUAUAUAUAUUUGCGGUUGUUUGUAUUUUAUAUCUAGAUAGGUAUAUAUAUAACAUGUCAUUCUAAGUGUAUUUUGUUACAUAUAUAUAUAUAUAUAUAUAUAUAUCUAUAUAUAUUAAUAACAAAAUACAGUUAGAAGGAAAUUACAUAUGUAUAUAUAAUUUAUUUUCAUUAAAAAAAAAAUAUUUAUUAAUUGUAUCAUUUUAUUUAUUUAUUAUUGUAAUUAUACGUAUAUAUAAAUAUAAAAUAUAUAUGUAAUAUAUAUAUAUAUAUAUAUAUAUAUAUAUAUAUAAAAAUAUAUAUGUCUUAUAUAUAUGUAACUUCAUUCUAAGUUUAUUUUAAUACUGAUAUAUGUCCUUAUAUUAAUCUUAAAAUACACUACGUAUGACGUUACAUAUAUUUAAGAUGUGUAUAUAUCAUAUAUAUAUAUAUAUAUAUAUAUAUGUAUACUUAAUUUAUUUUAAACAUGUUUAAUACAUUUUUUACACUCCCCUCCUUGCAGAUCCACAGCCAGCUAUAGGGGAUCAUGUGAUCGCUCUUUGAGAGCGAUCACAUGGCCCUCAGGUGCAUGGUUUGCCAUGGGAGGGCUGCCUGGACUUUCAGGCAGUGCUCCAGAAGAGGAUCGCAGCAGAGGUAAGUCCACCAGAUCUCCUGGGGGCUUAAGCUAUUACGGGUUCUAUGCCGCCACAACGGCUUUAAAGCCCAUUAUAAUGGGGACGGCAUAGAACGCCUUAACAACAUUAAAUCAGGAAAAACAAUCCAAAAAAAUAAAGCUGUUAACAUCUACAGCCUUAAAAAAAGUAUUAGUGUGGAUCUUUCCUUCUAAUAUAUGUAUAUAUCUAUAUCCAUAAACUUGCACUCCAGGGUGUUGAAGUCUGUCAGGCUCGGUGCUGGUCUGCACAAUUAUCCAAAAUGCACGAACAAGAUGGCACUCCAGGGACUUGAGGAUAUUGUAAAAAUAAAACUUAACUUGUUAUCUUGCUAUCUUGUUAUAUAUGUAUGUUGCUGUGAAUAUAUAUAUAUAUAUAUAUAUAUAUAUAUAUAUAUAUAAACAAAAGUAAAGAAAUGCACUCCAAGGGCUUAAUGAGUGAAAAAAGGGUGAUUUAUUCCAAUAGGUAUUACAUCAAAAAUUAGCCGACGUUUCAACCCAUUCGGGUCUUUCUCAAGGUCAAUGUACCUAUCUAUAAAAGUUAUAUUUAUAGGGAAUAAGAAAAUGUACUCACCAAUCGUGAAGAAACCCCUGAAUCCCUUUGUGCAAACCCGGAAGUGAAACCUGAAGUGAAGACCCGCGGUCAGGUGAUGCAUGUGUGAUGACGUGGUGUUGCUAGGAUACCGAUAAACAAACACAAUUAUAAGAUCGGUAUAAUGGUCUCAGAUAUGUGUACCGGGUGUACAAGUGAAAUGCAUAAUAACUACUUAUAAAAUGUGUAUAUAUGCUAUCAUAAUAAGUAUAAUGAAAGUGCUAUGUGCAUUAAGCAGCAAAAAUAUGAAAAAAUGUGAACAAAAGUGAAAAAAGAUUGUGAUAUCAUAUACACUAUAGAAAGUGUCACUUUGUACCCAAUGAAAGGGCAACCCAAAAUAAGGUGUGUUAAAAAAAUUUCACAUACCAUAUUCAGAUUGCAGGCACUACAUAUGAUAUUAUAUAGUGAUUAAAAAUGAAUCAUUUCAAAGAGGAGAAUUAAAGCUACUAAGGCAAAGGCUCAGAAAACAGAAAAGGGCCGUGGGCAUGCAAAUAGAGAGGACUGCAUCAAGAGACAAAUACAGCAGGUCAUAUAUAUGCCACAAACUAAAUAUAUCUAGUCAGAGCACAUUCUGUAUAAAUAAUUACAGUCAGUGCAAUUAAUAAAGAUCUUUUGGAUCAUAGAUCUCAUAGAUCUCAGAAGCUCACAAUAUUUUAAAAAAAACAUAUUUAGACAAUAACUGAAAAAGCAUAUGCAACGUAGCAAUCAUUUUUAAAAAAAUCCAAAAAAGUUUAAAAAAUGAGAAAAAGACUAAUAGAAAAGUAGACUAAAAUGAAACAAUGAAGUAAAAAUAAAACUAUUUUUUUUAAAAAUAAUAAUAAAAAAUAAAGAAAAAGGACAAAAAUAAUUUUAAAGAAACAUGGAGAGCACAAUAUUUUCAUUAAGUCCUCUUGGUGUCACUGUGUCUAAUCGAUGAAUCCAUUGUGCCUCACACUGAAGUAGCUUCUUCGAUCUGUCACCUACUCUGGGCAUCGGGGGGACAUGGUCAAUGGCCAUAAAACGUAACAUAGGGAGUCUAUGUUGCAUAUGUAAAAAGUGUUUAGCAACUGGUUUGUCGCUACGUUGGUCCCUAAAUGCUGUAGUUAUUGUCAACCGAUGUCCCCUUAUGCAUUCUCUUAAAAUCAAAUCGGUCUUGCCCACAUAUGAGAGUCCGCAGAGGCAUGUGAUCAUGUAUAUCACAUGGUCAGUGGUACAAGUAAUAUAAUGUGAUAUUUUGAUUCUCUGACCACUAUGGGGAUGAGCAAAGGUCAUACCACUGAUCAUGUGACCACAUGCCACACAUCCACUAAAUUUGUAGCAGUCUUUCUUGGUGAUAAUCUCAGGUUUACGGUAGCAAAUUAUGGGAUGACUUUUCACCAGAAGGUCUUUUAAUUUUUUUUUUUCCUUCUGUAACUGAUAACUGGAGUAUCCUCAAAUGUAUUAGGUAAUGACUUGUCUGAUCGUAAUAUGUCCCAAUGUUUUUGAAUGGAUUGUCUUACUUUUGAUGUACCUGUAUGAAAGGUCAUGGGAAGGUAAAUUCUCGAUUCUUUUGGUGCCUUCUCAGUUUUGUCAUUCAGUUUUUCUCGAUUCCAUAUUUCGAAGGCUUUGGUCUGUGCUGCUUGAAGAAUGUGUGGAUGAUAACCACGUACACGAAAUCUAUCCCACAUCUCAUCAAGUUGAAUUUUAUGUUUUUCAGUUUCCGUGUUGUAUCUCAAUGUUCUUAAAAAUUGAGAAAUUGGUAAUGAUUUCUUAAGUUGUAGAUGAAAACUGGAGGCGGAGAGGAGGGUGUUGCGGUCAGUGUUUUUACGAUACAAAGUAAAUUCCAAAUUAUUUCCCUUCUUAUAGAUGGUAACAUCCACAAAUUGAAUUGACUUUUCAUCAAUUUGAUGGCUCAAAACAACUGGUAUAGGUGAUUGAUUUAUCUCCUUAAUCAUUUGCUCCAAAUCCAUAAUAGUGCCUGUCCAAAUCAUAAAAAGAUCAUCCACACAGCAGUAAUAGUGUUGGAUGUAAUGCCCAAAUUUUGCCAAAAUAUGGGUGCGUUCAAAGGUGUACAUGAAGACGUUGGGAUACGAUGGUACCAUCGCUGCCCCCAUCGCAUUUCCAGACAAUUGUACGUAAAAUUGAUUUUCAAAUUUAAAGUAAUUGCAUGUAAAAAAUUCUAACAGGUACUCAAUCGGCCGUCCUUCAAAUAUUGAUUCGGCUCGGAUAUCACUCAAAGCCUGCACACCCUCCCCGUGGGGUAUGAUGGUGUACAGGCUCUGAACAUCCAUCGUGACAAGUAAGGAUGUAGAGUCCACAUAUGGUGAUCCUUGAAUUCUGGAUGUAAUACCUAUUGGAAUAAAUUACCCUUUUUUCACUUAAGCCCUUGGACUGCAUCUCUUUACUUUUGUUUAUACAUCUUCAACGCGGGAUUGCACCUAGGCUAAAGUGGAUUAUUUACACGAAAGGGUGAGUGCCAAGAAUCAUUUUAUCAUAUCAUAUAUAUCUGUAUGUUGCAGUGAAUCCUUGCACUCAGGCUGCAUACAAAUCCAUAGCCAGGUGCAUAAUUACCAGGGCUCCAAUAUCCAAAGAAUAUAAAAAGGUGGCUGUAUUCACAGUCUUCAAAUAAAAAUUAAUGCUUUAUUGUAUUUCCAUUUAAAAUCGACGUUUCAGUCCCUCUAGGGGACUUUCAUCAGGAUCAAAGACAAUACAAUAAAGCAUUGAUUUUUAUUUGAAGACCGUGAGUGCAGCCACCUUUUUAUACUCUUCGUAUACAUAUUUUGAGAUUCAAAAAAAUGAACUUCAGUGUCACUAUGGUCCACCGUGAGUUUAAGAGUUGGAAUUGACAUGUGUAACAAAUAAAUCCUCACUAGAUCCCCUCCAGAUCCAAAACAGAUCAUCAAUAUAACGGCCAAAGGCGACCAGGUUCCGCAUCCAGCCAUGCCCCUCAUCUACAAAGAAAUCUUCCCAAUAUGCCAUAAACAGAUUGGCAUAGCUGGGUGCAAAUCUGCAAAGAAAAAGAAUCUUUAAAGAAAAAACAAUUGUGUUUUCAAAUUAAAUCAAUCCCUUCAAGAAUAAAAAUAUAUAUAAGCCUCGGAUAAUUCCGACAACUGGAGAAAGAAGGAAAUAGCUUUGAACCCUUUAUCAUGUCUAAUAAUAGAGUAUAGGGAUGAGACAUCACUUCCUGAAGAUGUGGCUAGUGUCUUUCAAAUAUGCUUUUGUUUGUUUUACCAAGGGUUGGAGAAACUGGUCAAUGUAUUCAAACACAGUUGCAGAUAUGGAGCCAAAUCACGAAAUAAUCGGUCUCCCUGAUUUUUAUUUUUUCAUGUUUGUGAAUUUUUGGUAAGAAGUAAUAUACUGGUAUCCUUGGAUAUAGGACCAGUAAAUACUCAUACUCCCCUUUAGUGAUAAUCUCUAAUUUUAAACCAUUUUCUAAAUAUUUUGCAAAGAUUAUUUUCAUUUUGUUUGUGGGAUUUAAGGGCUUUAUAAGUCACUCCAUCUGUUAAUUUUAGUGUUCUGCUUUAGAAAUUCACUACAGAGAAUGUAAUACAGAGCGUUAGCAGCACAGCUCCAAGCUCGUAAAAUCCAGAUGCUAACAGGCAGCUAGAAUCACUAUACUUACGCUUGCGCAAUACAAACAAAAUUUUUCACACAAAUAGUCAACUUAACUAUUUUCUACCAUCCAGUAACCCAAACAAUAAUCCUAACUAAGCUUUACAUUGCAGAUAUUUUCUGAUUAAAUAUGAACUAUCCCUAAAUUCAGAUAUGUCAAUAUCUCUGGAUAAUAGUUUGAUAUGCUAAACUUGACAAUUUACCAGCGAUGUUAUGUACAAUUCUCAUUCAACUCCAGAAUCAAUUUCAAAUGAUAUAUAAUUCCCUCAGCUAAAUAUGAUUUAAAAAGUUUGGAAUCUGAUCAGCAUUAUCCAGGUAUAUUUUGGCUUUUAGUAAAAAUGUAUUAAAUUAAAUUAAACCAGCAUAUUUACCAAUUUGUAGAAGAAUAUUCUUUUGUAGGAUGGAUAUAUAAUCCAGUGAAUGGGAGACACAAGUAAGAGUGUUUUGAGAUAGAGAAAUUAGUAGGAAUAAAGAAUAGUUGUGUAAGAUUUCUAAGUCCACAGUUGUCUGACUAACAAAGAAAGUCCCAGAACAGAUGGGAAGAGCAGAAUGUUAGUGGUAAUUCUUUGUCUGGUCUGAUCUGAUGAUGCUUUGAUGAUAUCCUGAAUUAUCCUAAAAGUGUUGUGUUCUCACUUUUUAAAAAAAUUCUGUUCUCUUGAAUUCUUUUACAUUACAAAUUUAAAGUAACUAAUGGGGUUAUGUGGGUGUACCUUAUUCUAAUGAUUGUCUUUAUAGACAUUGAUAAAUAGAUGGCGUCAGGCAUCUAAUUCCAAAUAUAACUCUGUCUAAGAGGUUAAUUGAAAUGCAUGACGAAAAUUACGUAAAAUUGCCCUAUCUUUAUGGCAACAAAGUCAUUAAUGACUGUCACACUUCAAUGGAAUAUUGGUCAGUCUUGGUAGACUACCAACCUCCAUUUAUUCCAUAAAGUAUCUUUUUGAUAUAUAUAUAUACAUAGAACGCAUAAUCCUUGCACUCAGGCUAUAUCUUUAGUAUACAGGGUGCCAGUCCAUAAGGCUUCUGUUAUACAAAUGUAAUAAAAGGUACGGCUGCACUCACGGUCUUUUCGUAAUAAAUAUUCCUUUAUACCAAUUACAUGUACUCCGAAUAGAUUAAUGUUUCAGUUCACACAGGGACUUUCUUCAAGAUCAAGUUACAUAUAUAUGUUAAAAAAAUAUUAAUAAAAGAAAUAAGACUAUCUUCGGGCCCAUCCCAAAUAAAAAAGAGGUCAUCUAUAUAUCUAAAAUAUGAGACCAGGUUCGCCCUUAGUUGGUCCCCAUCAUAUAUUGCGGAAGAUUCCCAAUCAGACAUGAAUAAGUUAGCGUAGCUAGGGGCGAACCUGGUACCCAUAGCAGUCACCCUUUUUUGGAGAUAAAAAGAAUCUAAAAAACAGAAAUAAUUAUUUUUUAAAAUGAUGUUUAUACCUUCCAAUAUAAAAUCUAUCUGUUUUUUAGAGAGCCUGUUUUCAUUAGUUAGAAUGUUUUUAAUAGCUUCACAUCCAAUAUUGUGCGGUAUAAUUGUGUACAGAGACUGUACAUCACAGGUAACUAGAAUAAAAUUUGGAUUCCAUUAAAAAUGAUUUAAAAAGUUUAAAAGAGACAUUGAAUCUUGUAAAUAUGAUUUCAUUUUUUUAACAGCAGGUUGGAGGAGAGUGUCUAUGUAUUGGGAAAGAUUGCAAAGGAGCGAACCUAUACCUGACACUAUUGGUCUGCCAGGAGGAUUAAUUUUGUUUUUGUGUAUUUUUGGGAGAAAAUAAAUAACUGGAAUUAUUGGAAAUUUUUUCCUCAAAAAUGAGAGAUAUGAGAGAUAUGAAAAUGAGAGAUAUGAAAUUGAGAGAUAUGCCCAUGAGUAAAUCCAUUGUGGACAGUAAUUUGAAGUACAGUUAAUUUGUGUAUUAAAACGGCUACAUUUUGCGUGAUGUAAUAAAAAUUAAAUUUUUUACUUUAUGAAAAGUGACUGAAGUGGAAUGACCCCUCUCUCUAUGAUCUGUAAAUGCUUAUCAUAGCCGAGUAAAAACAAAAUGACAUACAGUACUAUGUAUUUUACUACAUUAGUGCAGUUCUACACAGCUGUGUAAUGACUGUUCAGUUUACAUUUUCCUAAUUAUGCACACAAUUUUAGCAUCCAAUAUAUGUUUAAUUUGUAUCUGCAGGUUAUCUACACCGGACGUAAUCCAAAAGAUGUUCUGGUGUCUCUUUAUCAUUUUGCCAUAAUUUCUUUUGUGCUUAAAACACCUCACAGCUUUGAUGAAUUUUUUGAGGAUUUCAUCCAAGCCAAAGGUUUGUAAAUCAUAAAAGUAAAAAUUUGCAACCAUUGUUGCAUAUAGCGUGUUUACUUUGUCAGUCUUUACAUGUGUCUGAAUACUGGGGUAUAUUUCUCUGUAACAUAUUACAUCCUUCAUGAUGCUAUGUGUGCAGCCCCCUACCAAUUUAAUCUGUAUAGUAAAAUAUAAGUAAUAAUAGAAAUUGUGAAUGCUUGUUAUAAUAGUUCUACCUAUAUAUUUGUUCACAAUGUAUGUUUCAUGUUUCAUUUAACACAAUUACAUGAAUUAGAACAUUUUUUUCAAGGUCUUUGGGUUUUCUGUGGGCCAGGGAAAUGUGCCACGGGUAAUGCACCUACAAUUAGAGUAGAAUAUAAAUUGCUUAAAGGGAAGUUCCAAUAGAAAAUAAGAUCAAUGUUGCAACUAUAGACUGUUCUAUGUCAGAGAUAGAAAUUAGCAAAAUAUAUGGUUAUUUGAAACUCAACUAAUCCACCAAUCCAUUCAUCAACACAUUCAUGUAAUGUGUAUGUUUAUGUUAAUGAAAUACAAAUCGAAACCGUAACACUUUUUUUGUUUGCCAAAUAUCACUAUUUUGAAAAGGGCUGCCAGUGUAUCAUGUUAUUUAUUUGUUCUCAUUAGCCCAAUGUCCCUCAUAAUUAUAUAAUACAUGAACUAGGGAACCCCAGAGGUGCACCUUGCAGUACCUUAUCCCAAUACAAUUGAAAAUUAACUAACAAGAAACUGAUUAAAAUGCUCCUGCCUGCAUGCAAGUAACAUUUUUUUAUUUUUUUUUAAACUUUUCCUAGUACCUUUUGGCUCCUGGUUUGAUCACAUCAAAGGAUGGAUGCAGAUGAAAGACCAUGAUAACUUUCUGUUCAUAACAUUUGAGGAACUGAAGAAGGUAUUUUUAUAUGACACCGUGUUUUAUCAUUGCAACUUUAUUUUAGAUGCCUAGCUAAGCUACAAUUAUGUAAAAUGGCUCCGAAUUGUCACACACAUUAUCUAAAUGUAAUAUUUAUAAUAUAUUUAUCAUGUAUGCUAUAUUAUAUUUAUACUAUAAUAAAUUAUUAAAUAUUAUAGCAUACUAUCUAAAUAUCAGAAAUGUCAGGCUCAUAGUUAAGUUCCUAAAAAUGCAAAAUAAAAUUGAAUAAUUACUACUUGUGUCGUCUUCAUUUCUAAUACAUAUAGACACUCGUCAUCACUAGUUCUGAUGAAUUUGGCAGGUUAGGUGCAUUUAAAACAUACAAAGUUAAAAUAUUUCCACUUAUGCAGUGAUAGAUCACCGAGUUACUUUAGGGAGCAAACAGCCUUCUGCAGCUUUCUGGCUCAACUGCAAGCAGAGAGAAAGAGUCCUGGGGCAUGAACAUGGUUAUUCACAUGGUGUGAAAUAUUGGAAAUUCUAAGCAGAUUUCUAGUUUUAGGCCAAAUUAGCCAAAAUGAAAACCGAUAACUUCAAGAUUGUUUACAUUUUUCUAUAUAAGCAUUCACUUUAAAUUCACUUAUCAUGACCUGAGGGUGACAUGGCUGACAAACCUAUAAAUCCUCUAUCAGAUGAUAGUUAUUUGAUUUUUAACUCAAACAAUGCUUGAGAUUCUAUAGGCAAAUUGUCUGCUGGGGUGGAUCCAAAAUCCAAUCUUGGGUGGAACAUGUUAAGAUUAUUUAACUGCAGCGUAGUAUAUAAAAAUACAUACGCUCAUCAGCAAUGGACAGUACUUAAACAUAGAAACAUAGAAUGUGACGGCAGAUAAGAACCAUUCGGCCCAUCUAGUCUGCCCAAUUUUCUAAAUACUUUUAUUAGUCCCUGGCCUUAUCUUAUAGUUAGGAUAGCCUUAUGCCUAUCCCAUGCAUGCCUAAACUCCUUUACUGUGUUAACCUCUACCACUUCAGCUGGAAGGCUAUUCCAUGCAUCCACUACCAUCUCAGUAAAGUAAUACUUCCUGAUAUUAUUUUUAAACAUUUGCCCCUCUAAUUUAAGACUAUGUCCUCUUGUUGUGGUAGUUUUUCUUCUUUUAAAUAUGGUCUCCUCCCUAGGAGAUUUCAGAGAUAAAGGAUAUAUAAGAGGAAACUCUAAAAAAAGCAUUUGAAGAUGUAGCAAAGAUGGAAAAACCACCUCUCCUAGAACAUAAACAAAAGAAUCAUAUAGGAAAUGAUAACAAAGUAGCUUUGAUCUGUGAUUUUAAUUGUAGAAGUAAUAUUUUUAAAAGGAUAGUGAAUAAAUAUUGGCCCAUAUUACUGGGAGAUGAGAUUCUUAACACACUACUCUGUUGAUUCCCUUUAUGUAUUUAAAUGUUUCUAUCAUUUCCCCUGUAGCGGAGGCCUGGUAUUCCCCAGGUUAACUCCAAUAGAGAUCCCAGUGAGGCUCAGGAACAAGUAGUAAAAAUACCAUAAAGUAAUAAUUCCAGCAAGCAAGGUAAUCCAUGAUAUCCCCAUACAGAUCCCAAUGACUGGACGACACACAGCAUCAGGAGCAGAACUGACUUUUAAUGCACACAACUUCCUUAUAAAGCAUUCUCCCAUGCAAGGGAGGGAUUUGCAAUAAUUAGUACAGUAGCCAAUCCUCCACGAGUUACCACCCACACAUCCCCUCCCCUUAGUGUGAAACAUAAUCCCCUUAUGCAGGACACAAAUUCCCAGAGUUUCUGGAUGUACCCUUAAACAUAGGGGUACCCCUUUAAAUGUUACAUCCCCUGGUAGCCCUGAACUGGGUGAGACACAUAUCCAAAAAUUACCCAGAUCGGACCAGGGGUUUGGGAAAUUUAUGGAAGUACUGAAAUGACCGACCGCACUGGGUUUACCAGCCGAAAAGGGCUCCAUGUGUUUUGGCCCUGCGGUCGGUCACAGAAAAGGGAAUGUAACACACAAAUGACUUAUGUUAGGAGAGCUGGGGAGGUUUUAUGUAAUUUAACUUGUUCGUGGGAUUCAAACUACCGAACGAGAAGCCGUUCGGUAGUUUGUAUACGAAUUGGCGGAAGUGUGGAGUUCUCAGCGGUGUUUGCCUAACCGAGUGUCCGAUUUGGGUUCCAGACACUCGACGGCAAAACACCACUGUUCGGGAGUUUAAAAUGGCAGCCGCCACGUGUUCGUCUCCCGAAUGGCGGCCACCCAGAGAACAAAGGACCCACUGCACGAACCACCAAUUACCCGUUUGCAACAUUGUUGCGAACAGUAAUUGGAGAAACACUUAUUACCGGGGUGGUCUGAUUGUUCGGUAGUUUCAUUCGCAUAAGAACUGGAGUGAUUUUACCGAACAAUCAGACGAAUGCUACAUACACUUCACAUAUACAGGUUACAAUUCAACCGAAUACAUAGACAUAAAUGCAUUUUUUAGGACAGCCCAAUGCCAUCCGCUACAUUCCCCCUGUCUCGUCUUUCCUCCAAGCUAUACAUGUUAAGAUCCUAUAACCUUUCCUGGUAAGUUUUAUCCUGCAAUCCAUGAACCAGUUUAGUAGCCCUUCUCUGAACUCUCGCCGAAGUAUCAAUAUCUUUCUGAAGAUACGGUCUCCAGUACUGCGUACAAUACUCUAAGUGAGGUCUCACCAGUGUUCUGUAUAAUGGCAUGAGCACUUCCCUCUUUCUACUGCUAAUACCUCUUCCUAUACAACCAAGCAUUCUGCUAGCAUUUCCUGCUGCUCUAUUACAUUGUCUGCCUAUCUUUAAGUCAUCAGAAAUAAUCACCCCUAAAUCCCUUUCCUCAUAUGUUGAGGUUAGAACUCUAUCAAAUAUUCUGUACUCUGCCCUUGGGUUUUUACGUCCAAGAUGCAUUAUCUUGCACUUAUCCACAUUAAAUGUCAGUUGCCACAACUCUGACCAUUUUUCUAGUUUACCUAAAUCAUUUGCCAUUUGGCUUAUCCUUCCUGGGACAUCAACCCUGUUACAUAUCUUAGUAUCAUCAAGUCCUUCUGCAAUAUCAUUAUUAUAUUAAAGAGAAUGGGUCCAAGUACAGAUCCCUGAGGUACCCCACUGGUGACAAGCCCAAGCUUUGAAUAUACUCCAUUGACUACAACCCUCUGUUGCCUGUCACUCAGCCACUGCCUUACCCAUUCAACAAUAUUGGAAUCCAAACUUAAAGAUUGCAAUUUAUUGAUAAGCCUUCUAUGUGCAGCAGUGUCAAAAGCCUUACUGAAAUCUAGGUAAGCAAUGUCUACUGCACCUCCCUGAUCUUGUUACCCAAUCAAAAAAAUCAAUAAGAUUAGUUUGGCAUGAUCUCCCUGAAGUAAACCCAUGUUGUCUUUGAUCUUGAAAUGCAUGUAUUUUUAGAUGUUUAACAAUCCAGCCUUUAACAUGGUUUCCAUUACUUUCCCCAGUACUGUGAGGUUUAUUGCUGUGGAGCUUCGAUAUGUAAUAUUCACUGUGGAUGAGUGCAUAACAAAGUUUCACAGCAAUAAAAUUUGCACACUACACAGCAAACGGUAGGAUUUGUGUGUAAUGUUACCAUGUGUGACUCUAGGGACACAUUUGCGUAGAAUUUUUAUGAAUAUACAGGUAUUUGUAGAGUGUUGGUAUAUGUGGAUGUAAAGGUGAAUAUAUUUGUGUCAGUAUAUUUGUAUUUGUUUUAAGUUUGUUUGCAUAUAUGAUUAUCAGGGUGUUCAAAUUAUCAUUUCCACUAUUCACAGUCCCUCUCUAUGACCUCUCCAUAAGUGUUCUUUUCUCUCCCUGGGCUAUUUAAAUUUAUAUCUUUCUUGUGCUGCUUUCCCUCCGCAAAUUACUUUCACCCUUUACCUAGCCAUUGCCACUCAAGCCAUUUUCUCUUAUAUCCUGCUCCACCUACGACCCAUUCUCUUUAAUAUUUUUAUUAGUGAUAUUGCAGAAGGACUUGAUGGUAAGGUAUGUCUCAAGCCACUUUCUCUUUCUUCCUGCUCCCCAGGGUGGACUGUGAGUAAAAUAGGAAUUGGUAAUAAUAGGAAAUGGACACUUUAAACAGUCCUCAAACCUCUCAAAAAUCCUCCUUCUGUUCUAACCUUUUAUUCUCUCUGCAUUCCAAUAUUCCAUAUCUCUUUUACUAAUCUAGUCACUUUCCCAACUUUGCCUGGUUUCAGCCAUCUUUCCCUGCUAAAAUACCCAAGACAUGGACAGGGUGCCAAUUAGUUUUAAAGGGCUACACUAGGCACCACAACUACCUUAGUUAAUUGAAGUAGUUAUGGUGCCUAGAGUAUCCUUUUAAGACUUAUUCUCCUAUUCCCAUAUACUCUUUUGAAAAUGAAUUUGAUAACUUUAGCCUUGUUGGACCGUGUUUACCAAUAAAGACUGCCUUUAGUGGUAAAUUACUUGGCAUGCCUGGGCUCUCUUUGUUAUCCUGUUUUGAAUCCUACUGCUUACAUUUCAAUAAAACAUAGCAAAUUAGAUAAUUUGUAGAUCAUUUGAUUAAUGAUGAGGUCAAUAAUGUAAUCGUUAGAGAUUGCAUAAAUGUUUUCUUUCAAAAAAAAAAAAAAAAGGCGUCUCAGGGGGAUAUGUAACUAUAUGGUAACCUGUUCAUUAGGAAGAAUAGGCAACGUGGAGGUCAUCCAUUGACACUGGAAGAAAGACAUUUUAGUUUACAGCAGAGGAAAGAGUUCUUUGCCAUCAGAGCAGUAAACAUACAUAUGGAAAAUAUAUAAUUUUAUAAGAUUCUGUAAAUAUUAUAAAUAUUUUUUAUAAAGAAAAGGCCUGCAUUUUAUUUUUAUUUUUUGAAAAUCUGAAUAUUCAGGGACAUAAUUAAAAAGCAGGGGAGCAAUUGUUGAUCCAGUGACAAAUCUGAUUGCCAUUAUGGAGUCAAUAUUUUAUUUCCUUUUUUUUUUUUUGCACAAUUGGCCAUUACUUUAUUUUGGCUUUUCACAUUCUUUUGGAUCAGUGGUACAAAAAGAUGCGUUAAAAGGUUGAAUUUGAGAAUUUGAUAGACCUGAGUCUCUUUUUUUUUUUUUUUCAACCUAGAUCACAAUAUAAUAUAAAGAUAAUAUCUUUAAAAUUAGUAAUGCAGAUUUAUUUUCUAGCAGACUAGUUUUGCAGAGGAUGCUUAAUUAUGACUCUGCGUAGGGAUGUUCAACUCUUUCAUACCAUACUUUUUCAUUACUAUGUACAUAUUACAAUCAAAUUCUUUUUUUGUUCAUUAAUCUUUUUCAUCAGGGUCAAUUUGUGUCUUUAUUUUCAUGAUUAGAUUUAACGAAGUGUCAUAUUCUCUCCAUAAUUUUAGGAUCACAGAGGAACCAUAAAGAAGAUUUGUACAUUUCUGGGGAAAGAGUUAAGUAAAGAAGCAAUUGACUUGGUUGUGGAGCAUUCCAGUUUUAAAACUAUGAAAGAGAACAAAAUGUCCAACCAUAGUCUAGCUCCAGAAUUCAUCAUGAAGAAGAACAGCAACUUCAUUAGAAAAGGUAAAAAUUACUAAUUAAUUAUUCAAGAAAGCUUGCCAACAGAUUUGCCUAAAUAGGUGACUCCAUUAGAAAUCAUUAAUUGACCCAUUAGAACAACAUACCAACAAUAAAAGAAAAUCGUGUAGCAUAAAUGACUAUCUAUUAUUAAC